GUCCGCUCCAAACCCAUUAUUCCACUGGGAGAGAGAGAGAGAGAGGGGAGAGAGAGAGAGAGAGAGGGAGUGAGAGAGUGAGCAGGACCUAGGAGAAGAAGAGCAACGAAAAGAAAAAGAGGAGAGAGAAAAACGACGACACAAAUGGCACUCAUGGCAGGGAUUUUGUUCACCGCCACCUUUCUUGUUUUUGGGAUUUCUACAUUUGUUUCGCCAGCACGGAUAUACCCUCCGAAUGAAGUCACGUUACUGGACUCCAGAUCCGUGCAGGGGGAGCUGGGAUGGGUCGCCAAUCCGACAGAAGGAGGGUGGGAGGAAGUGAGCAUCAUGGAUGAAAAGAACAUUCCCAUCCGGACGUACCAGGUGUGCAAUGUCAUGGAGCCAAACCAGAACAACUGGCUCCGCACGGACUGGAUCCCCCGGGGCGGUGCCCAGCGCGUCUACAUCGAGAUCAAGUUCACCCUGCGGGACUGUAACAGCCUCCCGGGGGUCAUGGGAACCUGCAAGGAAACCUUCAACCUGUACUACUACGAGUCCAACAACGACAAGGAGCGCUAUAUCCGUGAGAACCAGUUUGGAAAGAUCGACACCAUCGCCGCCGACGAGAGCUUCACUCAGGUGGACAUCGGCGACCGCAUCAUGAAGCUGAACACGGAAGUCCGGGACGUGGGCGCCUUGUCCCGGAAGGGUUUCUAUUUGGCCUUCCAGGACGUCGGAGCGUGCAUCGCUCUGGUGUCCGUCAGGGUCUUCUACAAGAAGUGUCCGCUGGCCGUGCGUAACUUGGCCCAGUUUCCCGACACCAUCACCGGAGCCGAUACCUCGUCGCUCGUGGAAAUUCGAGGAUCUUGCGUGGAUAAUUCCGAGGAAAAGGAGGUUCCUAAGAUGUACUGCGGGGCCGACGGAGAGUGGCUGGUGCCCAUUGGGAAUUGCCUGUGUAACCCCGGAUAUGAAGAGCGCAACGCAGAAUGCCAAGCCUGCAAGAUCGGUUACUUCCGCGCCCUGGCCACCGACGGCUCCUGUUCCAAGUGUCCGCUCCACAGCUACUCCACCAGAGAGGGAUCCACUUCCUGCGUCUGCGACAAGGGAUACUUCCGCUCUGAAACCGACCCGGCGUCCAUGCCCUGCACCCGCCCCCCGUCGGCGCCCGCCCACCUCAUCUCCAAUGUGAACGAGACCUCUGUGAACCUGGAGUGGAGCCCGCCUCGCACCACGGGGGGACGCCAGGACUUGACGUACAACGUGGUGUGCAAGCGCUGCGGGCCCGACGGCCGGCGCUGUCAGCCCUGCGGUAACGGCAUCCACUUCAGCCCCCAGCAGCUGAGCCUGAAGGGAACCAAGGUGUCCAUCAACGAGCUGCAGGCCCACACCAACUACACCUUCGAGGUGUGGGCGGUCAACGGAGUCUCGCCUCAGAGUCCCGGUCCGGAGCAGGCCGUGUCGGUGACCGUCACCACCAACCAGGCCGCUCCUUCUCCAGUGACCUCUAUCCAGGCGAAGGAUAUCACAAGACACACCAUCUCCCUGGCCUGGCAGCCUCCGGACAGAGCCAAUGGGGUCAUCCUGGAGUACGAAGUCAAGUACUACGAGAAGGACCAAAAUGAGAGAAGCUACAGAAUCAUAAAAACCUCGUCCAGAAACACCGACAUCAAGGGUCUCACCCCCCUCACUUCCUACGUGUUUCACGUGCGCGCUCGCACGGCGGCGGGCUACGGGGAGUUCAGCGGACCGUUCGAGUUCAUGACCAACUCCGUUCCAGCUCCCAUCAUCGGGGACGGUACCAACUCCACCGUGCUGCUGGUGUCCGUGGUGGGCAGCGUGGUCCUCCUCCUCAUCCUCAUCAGCGCCUUCGUCAUCAGCCGAAGAAGGAGUAAAUACAGCAAGGCCAAGCAGGACUCGGAUGAGGAGAAGCACUUGCAUCAAGGAGUGAGGAUAUACGUUGACCCGUUUACGUACGAGGACCCGAACCAAGCCGUCCGCGAGUUCGCCAAGGAGAUCGACGCCUCGUGUAUCAAGAUUGAAAAAGUUAUUGGCAUCGGGGAGUUUGGAGAGGUGUGCAGCGGCCGCCUGAAGAUGCCGGGCAAGAGAGAGAUCUGCGUGGCCAUCAAGACCCUGAAGGCCGGGUACACCGACAAGCAGAGGCGGGACUUCCUGUCCGAGGCCAGCAUCAUGGGCCAGUUUGACCAUCCCAACAUCAUCCACCUCGAGGGCGUGGUCACCAAAUGUAAGCCCGUGAUGAUCAUCACAGAGUACAUGGAGAACGGAUCGCUGGACGCAUUCCUCAGGAAGAACGACGGUCGCUUCACGGUGAUCCAGCUGGUGGGCAUCCUGCGCGGCAUCGCGUCGGGCAUGAAGUACCUGUCCGACAUGAGCUACGUCCACCGGGACCUGGCGGCGCGCAACAUCCUGGUCAACAGCAACCUGGUGUGCAAGGUGUCCGACUUCGGCAUGUCGCGGGUGCUGGAGGACGACCCCGAGGCGGCGUACACCACCAGGGUGAGUGGGGGGAGCAUACGGUGGUGUGUCUGCGCCUCACCUUGCUUGUCGGCUUUCAUUAAUCAUCCCAUCUUUCAAUUACAGGGAGGGAAGAUCCCCAUCCGCUGGACGGCCCCCGAGGCUAUCGCGUACAGGAAGUUCACCUCGGCCAGCGACGUGUGGAGCUACGGCAUCGUCAUGUGGGAGGUGAUGUCGUACGGCGAGCGACCGUACUGGGACAUGAGCAACCAAGACGUGAUCAAGGCUAUCGAUGAGGGCUACCGGCUGCCCCCCCCCAUGGACUGCCCCGUGGCCCUCCAUCAGCUCAUGCUGGACUGCUGGCAGCGAGAGAGAGCCGACCGGCCAAAGUUCGGGCAGAUCGUCAACAUGCUGGACAAACUGAUCCGCAACCCCAACACGCUGAAGAGGACCGGGGGGGAGACGUCUGUCAGGCCGAACACCACCCUGUUGGAGCCAGGCAGCCCCGAGGCUUCCUCGGCCGUGGGGACGGUGGAGGACUGGCUCCAGGCCAUCGGCAUGGAGAGAUACAGGGACAACUUCACCGCCGCCGGAUACACCUCUCCAGAGGCCGUGGUCCACAUGACACAAGAGGACAUGGCGUGCAUCGGCAUCUCCUCGGCUGCACACCAGAACAAGAUCCUGACCAGCGUCCAGGGAAUGCUGUCCCAAAUGCAACAGAUGCAAGGCAGAAUGGUUCCAGUCUGAGGGAGUUCAACAGAGGAGGAAAUAAAGAAAGGAAAGCAUUAAAUAAAAUAAAUAACAUUAAAAAAGUAAAUACAUAUAAAAAAAAGAGACAAAUAAACUAUGGAGAAAUAGUUUACCUCAUCCAUGCACUUUAAAUUGGAUCUAAAAAGAAGAUGAAGAUGAAAAAAGUGGCAAAAAUGGCACUUUUUUUUUUUUUGAAGAAUCAGACCUUGCCCUUUUUUGUUGUUUUUUGGAGACGCUUCUUCCUGCAGCAUUUGUGGAUGGAUAGACGGCUGGAAAAGUGCUUCCGAGAGGCCAAUCUGGAGUGCCUUUAAUGGUCUGGAAGGAAAAGCGAGGGAGGGAGGGGACGGGGAGAUCUUACCUUUCUUCCUCCUCCUCCUCUCGGGGAGUUUCUGGAACUUUCUUUCUGGAAUAAUCCGCGGAGCAGAUUUUUUUGAUUUCCUGUGACUUUGUUUAUUGUACAUGAAGUCGUUUGUGUGGCACUCGCCAGGCCACCGUUGUUCUCUCUCUCAGCUGGAUCUGUUUGAAAUCUCUCUCUCAGACAACAUGGAGGAUCCUAAACCGUUGUGUAUAAACAGUGAGAAGUUGAGGGUUUGGAUUCUUGGGGAGGGGGGGGGGGGGGGGAGCGAGGCUUAUUUUCCGAGGAGCUUUUUUGUUUCUCUCCCAGAACGCUGUUCCGUUGCCCUCAGGACGUUGCUGAGAAUUUCUUUGAUCUUCCAGAGGAGCCUUCCCACUCCCCUGUUUUUCCCCCCUGAAAAAAAUGCCCUCAGAUAAACACACACACACACACACAAUUUGGAUUCUUCCACUCAUCUCCCAUCUGAAUCAAACCCCCCAUGCAUCCCCCCCGACCCACCGACUCUUCCUCAAACACUUUAGAUGGACAGCUGGCUUUCUAAAUUGGGACGCGUUGAACGAAGGAAUGUAUCGACAGGAUUUACUGGGACGAAAAGGACGCAACAAAGGAUGCAGAGUGAAUCAGAAUCAUCGGCCAGAAGAUAAACGGAGGAUUACUCAAACUGUCAUCAAGCUGCUGCCGUCCGUCACAGACAGGAUCCCGGUCUCGCUCGCCACGACUCUCAAUUCUUCCUCUUUGUCUUCCUCCUCCUCCUGCUCGCCACCCCGAGUCUCCUCCGGCAUGGAGACGACAAAUCCGUCGUGGACUUCCGCCCGUCCCACCUCGCCGCCACGCUCCUGUGUCCGUCCAGCACUGACCCGGAACAACUAUGAAUGAUUAAAACAGCUUAAAAAAAAAGAGACAAUAAGAAGAAUGUAAUAUAAAUGGAGAGGCCCUGCUCCUGCGGAUAGUGUACCUUUAUUUUGAAAGUUUCAUUUUAUCUUGUGUUUCUUUCGUUGUUUGCAUGUAAAGUAACAAACGUUUGAUUUGAGCGUGCGAAUGAGAUGGGUUGUGUGCAUGUGUGUGUGCAGGAGUGUGUGAGUGACAACAUAUUUGAAGUACUAUCAGUAAUGGUGUCUGUUUUCAUGCCACUGUGGAGGAAGAGAGGUAUUGUUUUUGACAUGAAAAAGAAAAGAAACCCCGGACUAUUAUUUCGCUUUUUUUUGUGCCGUCCUUUAAAAAAGACGAUGUGAGGUGUGUUGCUCCCGCCUCGCGCAAACUCUACUCAGCAGCUUUUCUGGAAUGUAACUCGUUCUGGUUUGGCGGUAACACAAGGGAGACUAGAAAACACACCGGACACGGACGAGAGUUUGGGCUCUCCGAGCUCGUGACAAGUCAAGGAGAAGUGGAAGCAGUACACAACAAAGGAUCAGAAAAGGGUGAAUACGAAGGGAACACUUGGGUAUUUGUAUUUCUGCAGAGCACAUCAUACAGCUACAGGUUUACCCAAUGGACUAUAUGCUUUCUUUGAUUUAUGUCUAUACUUUUUUUGGAAUGUUUUUGAACCGGUAAAUGACGCUUCAUAUACAACACCUCCGUCCUUAAUACAGCUCUACUGCUCGGUCCUUUUGUUGGCACUGCGACGUUCUUUUUUGGGGGGUUUUAUCCAUGGGAAAAGGACCUGUUUGGAAAUAUGCAAGACGUGUUGGGGAAAGGAAACCAGAAUGUACUGUAAAAUACUUUUUUCCUUUACUUAAAUGUUGGACGAUUUCAAAACGAAAAAAGAAGAAAAAAAAAAAACGAAACGCAAGAGUUAAUGUUUGUGAUUGUAUGCCUUCCGAUGCCAUAUGAUCUAGCCAUGUAGAUCUAACAUCCUCUCGAUCUUUCUUUUGUACUUUUCAACAUGAUCAUGUUUUUUUUGGCCUUGUUUUUUGUUUUUUUGUCAAGGAGCUCUAGGUACAUGUAACUUAUGUCAUUUAUUUAUGUCCUUUUAUAUCUAGUUUGUAAAAUAAUAGCCUAAAGUGAAGAAAAUAAAGGGGUGCCAAAGUGCAUUCUUAAUAAAGUAGAAACCAUACGACGAUC